AUGGCUACUCAGGCCAGGCCGCGACGGCGGUGGAACGAAAUAUACGUAGGCCGUCUUAUGGUCACCGAAAGGCGAGGGUCACCGUUAUGGGACCCAGCACCAGACCGACGCCGUCCGCUUGAAUAUCGCCGCGAAGGUAUCAGAAUCGGCGACGUUGGGUUCAUCACUGAAGACCUCGGUUUCUUCUUCGUUUUCAACAUAUUUAAUGGCUGUUCUCCGGACAAUGGGCGGCAGGACCUCAUGCCGUUUGACCUGCCAUCGGAGAAUCUCGUGCUAUCCGAGGUGCGAGAACCUGUGGAUAGCAUCCUCGGUGAUGCUGUCGAGCGACGAAUACACGGUCGCAACAGUCUGUCAUUUUCGACCAGGACUGAGAGCGCGCUUCUCGUCCUCCCCGAAGGUGCAACCAACCUGGAGCUGAAGGACAUCCAGGCUCUUCGCCGGUUCAUCAGGCGCCCCGACGUCGUCGAAGGCUGGUAUCGCUACGCGAUCGGCCACCUGGGACUGUCGAUCCAAAAUGGCGACUUGCGGGUCGUGACCGGGACUCUUAAAACAACGUCCUGGGGCAUGGCCGUUACUCAGGAAUCAGAGGCCAGGACUCUUGUUAGUUUCCGAAGUCAACUGGACGACGACGAUGACGACGUGGACCCUUCCAGGUUUCCAGAUGGAGCGCCUCAAGGAUCUCGCAAGUUUUCGUGGGUGGACUGCUCCGGGAAGUUCGUCGCAAAAAUUGGGCCAGACGAAGCGGAGGUGGAUUCUUUGCGAACUGGGGCAGGUGCAGGUGUUACUAUGACCGGGCAAUUUGAAAAUCAGUGUCUUUUCCUCAAAGCCCUGGUAGCGCGACUCUCUGAUAAAACGUGGCGUGCGCUGGAACUUGAACUCCACAUUGUAGACGAGGAGGAAUCAGGACUUGAACGCCCCUUGGUAGAUCUACGAACCGCUGCAGCUCCGUCGAAAGGAGCGCAAGUGCUCCAUCCACCAACGUCGAGCCAAACUAGACGUUCCUUGCCCUCAGCAUAUAGCAGCGAAGUGGAGAUCCCGGACAUUGAGGCCUUUCCAAGGACGAAUCCUGCGAUUCCCACUAGACUGCUGGAUAACAUUCCUGCCCUCGACCCUCCGUCAGAAACAGCAAUUCGUGGUAUCAGCAAAAAGCUUUUAGAUCUUUUCCCUCAUGCAAGACUCGCACUCCUGCAUGACGACAACUGGUGUUCUGUGUUAAGAGAGACUGACAAAGUGAUGCCUACUAUUUCAGAACUCUGGGAGCGCAUAAGGGCCUCUCAUGAGAUUUGCGAAGAGGAUGGUGUCGUGUUCUUCGACGAUGUCCGGGUGCGUGAGGACGAAAUGGAUCCUACGGUAGUUUGCGAUCUUGAAGAAGACGACCUUCCAAUGGAGGAAUUGCAUGAGCAAGACGUUACUCACCACCACCAUUCUACAGCAUGGGAGACAGAAGAUUGGGCCGCCGAGAAGCACCCUCAGGACACCGUUAAUUGGGGCUCGCCUGGCCUGUCUUUAUGGGCUGCCACUCACCGUGGGCCUCGUUUCUCAAAAGGACUUCGACGACUCGACCUGCCAAACAACGCGGCAAGUUCUGCCUCGUCGGAAAUCGAGGCUUAUACACGAGCACCGUCUUCGCCAGACCACCCCUUCGUCUCUGAACAAAGCAAGCAGCAACGUCACGGUGAGCACCUUGGGCAAAGCCGGAACGCGAGAGCACAGGCGCGGCAUCGGGCGAAGCGCAAGGCGUACAUUGAAGAGCUCGAACAAACCGUCGCAAAGCUCCAGAUGGCAGUUGGGUACUCAGAGGAGCAAGUCGCUGCUCUUCCGUCACCGUUAGUGAGGAUGAAGGAACUGGAGCAGGCAAACGCUCAGCUACGGAUGCAAAAUGACCACCUUCGGCGGCUUCUGACUGACUCAGGUCAGACAGUCUUCUCCGACCUUUCAGGAGGGCCACUCCGAGAUCAAGACUCUCGAGCUUUGAACGAAGACGAGGUCUACUUGCAUGAGCCGAUCCGUCUGGUUCUUCCGAUGGGCCUGCCCACGCCACGCUCGAGCAGCAGGAUGAAAUAG